ACCAUUCACUCAGCCCCGCCGGAGAAGCGCCUUCUACUCUACAUCCUCACCCGGAUUCUUCGCCCCCGGGACGGCAGCCACACGUGUCUCUUCAACGAGGAUCUCAAGGCCGUUCAUGCAAUCACCCAUGGCGCCUCGAUCAAUUGGGCGAAAUACGUCAUGAUCCACAUGGCGGAUUGCGCCUCAAUCGCCACCGAAAAGAGCUUGCCCUACGCCUUCAUCGUCAUGGAUCUCAUUGUCGCGGCCGAAAUCCACAUCGCCGGACCGGACACGAAGAUGACAAAGAUUUGGAUCAUCCAAGACAGCACCUUCCGGAAGAAGUCCGGUGACGAAACAGGCGAUGGACCGAGUCGGGCCCGUGCCCGUGCCCCUGCCACUGCUCCCGCUCCCGCUCGGGCCUCACUGCAGUCCAUACCCGAUACCCUGAAUUGGCUAACCGUCACCGUGGAUGGCAUGGGCCAAUACCUGGAGAGGAUGGACUGGACGCUGCAACGCCAAAACCACGACAUGACGGCGUACUUCCGGGGCAUCAACUACGUCCCGCCGCCCUUUGACAGCACCAUCCUCGGCCAAAACUUCGAAGGCGAGGAUGAGGAGGAUGACUCCUAUGCUCCGUCCUCCUCCCCCGACGAGCCCGAUUUUGAGGACGCGGUCGACGGGGAUCCCAUGGACGUUGAGGACGACGAAGAAGACGAUGACGCCGAGGACGAGGACGCCGCUGCCUAAACUCUUCUUUCUUUUCCUUCAUUACUAUGAUUGUCUUUUUUAUUAUUUCCAUUCCGUUGUAUUCCGCAUUUUCUCCUUUUUAAUGAAUAAAAGUUUACUUUUAUACUCCAAAGUUCACUUUUAAUUCUUUUUGUUAAUGUCAAAAGGGGGAAGAUAUCAAAGUUAUGCAUAAUUUGAGGGGGAAUUAUUUUUCAAAUAAAAUGGCAUCUAUUAAGGGGGAACACUUUUUUAAAGUCUCAAAGACUUCCUCAUAUGCAUAACCUCAUCUCGUUUGCCAUUAUCAAAAAGGGGGAAAUUGUUGAAACACGGGCAUGUCACGUUUUCGUACUAAAGCCGUGUUUGUUUUUAUGACAGGUUUUGAUAAUGCCAAACCGCCGUGAUCAAGU